CUUCGCGAUGUUGUACGCACACAGUAUUAUUGUUAUCUCCUAGUCCAGUUGGGAGGUCACAAAACUCUUUUCGAAUACAUUAAGGCGCACGUCCGCGUGGAGGAGGAGCAAGCCCGCAAGUUUGCUCGACAGAUCGGCAGCGCGUUAGCCUACUGCCAUGCACAUCUGAUCCUACACCAAUCUCUCAGGGUACAUAAAAUUAUCAUAUCGAAAUCCGGUGACAUCAAGAUUACGGGACUUCGUUUAAGUAAGCUGGACUAUGGCUUCAGUGAUGGUUUUAGCUACAAAGCCGUAGGUUCAUCUAUGUCAAACGAGCGGGAGCCAAAUGUUUACCUACGCCCACUCAUGAUGUCUGAGUCUACGCCGACCUUAUGGGAUACUGGCGUUAGAAAGGAUGUAAGGUCUUUCGGCAUUGUCCUUUGGACAAUGCUCUGCGGGUCUUCGCCGGUUGAAACCAAUGGCACAGAGAUCUCAGACACGAAAAUGAGAGGAUUAAUGUAUUUCUCGGCUGCUGAGCACUUCAUAGAUGCCCAUAGCUUGCUCCACGGACUACUUAGCAAAGGCUACUCCGCAACCAUGUCCCUUGACCAGGCCCUUUCAAGUCGAUGGAUGACCUAUGGUUAUGGGUGUGUACCUGACAACCAUACACCAGCGCGUGAACCUUUGACGCUCCCGCUUGACCGCAAAGUCGUCGAUCGCAUGACGGGGUUCGAUUUCGAUUUCGGCUCCUCCGAGAACAUAAAACACAUGCUGACAACGAUUAUCAACUCUGGAGAGUACCAGAACGCGAGUGCUACGUGGCACAGCCUACAAGAGCUGCACGCCCCGAAAGAACAGAACAGAACUACAAGACGAAGCUUAUUCAGUAUUUUUGUUCAAAAGUUGAAAUCACCCAAACAGGAUGCCAAACCAAAAGAAGGCGUCAAAGUUCCUUCAGACUUUUCUACACAUCUCCAGAAGUUCACUAUUGCGCCGGCCGUUCCUAUCUACUAUCUUACCCGCGAGAAGCUUGAGCGUGAGCGA